GGACUGCACUGGCAAAACUUCGUGGCUGCUCGUCCACCACCUGAUCAGUUCUCUGCCACGCAGUUCUUAUCCCUGUCAAGUCUUGGCAUUCCAGUUUCCGCAGGAAAGCUGAAGGCAUAAGGGAUUUCGGACAAGAUGAGCAUGUUAAUCUCCACGCCUCCUGGCAACUGUCAUCCUUCGGGGCUCCACUUCGCUUCUCCGGUUCCUUCGAACAUAAAGUUGCCAGGGUUCCAUUCCAUCUCUUCAUUCGAUAGAACCAACUUAUCCUACUCUCUAGUUCGCAACAAGGUAUCUAUAUGUGCCACUACCGACGAAACAAACACACAAGCAGCUGGUGAGCAACUCUCGGAGGAGCUAAAAGCGGAAUCCAUCGAGAAAAGCACGGUCUCCAGUCGACCCACCUCUUCUGCUUCAAUCGACAAGGAUAUUAAAAAGGUUGUUCAAAAGACUGCCUCAACUUUCGCGCCAAGGGCUUCAAUGGCCUCAAAGAAUCCCGCCGUCCCUGGAACUGCCUUGUAUACUGUUUUUGGGGUUCAAGGGUAUGCCUCAAUGUUGUUAGGUGGAGUUUUGUCUUUUAACCUCUUAUUCCCAUCAAAUGAACCAGACAUUUGGAGGUUAAUGGGAAUGUGGUCCAUUUGGAUGUUUACAAUUCCUUCACUAAGAGCUCGAGACUGUUCAAAAAAUGAGAAAGAAGCGCUGAACUAUCUGUUUCUUCUCAUCCCAUUGCUCAAUGUUGUAAUCCCAUUCUUUUGGAAGUCUUUUCCUGUUGUCUGGACUGCAGACACGAUAGCUUUCUUUGGAAUGUAUGCAUGGAAGUUUGGAUGGCUGCAGAGAACGACGGACUAGGGAAAUCAAUGUGGUGGCAACCCACCAUUUAUAUUUCAGAUAUUUUGUGCGGCAACUUUGUCAUGGAUCCCAUGUGCAUACUGCAAACAGUGAUGAUAAUGUCGCAGCAGUCUGCAUCUCUAGGAAUGCAAGAUACCAUAAACUGAUCCCUAGCUUAUUAUCAAUUGACAGGAUGAUAAUAUAGGUUGAUUUUGAAAUUUUACGGCUCGUUAUUGCAGGAUCUUGUCCCCCUUCCUUUUUUCUCUCAGUCUAUUUGGACGGUGAUGAAAUGGCAAAUUGUAGAAAAAUGAAUUCAUCAAAUACAAGAAGGAAAAAAAAAGAGAGUUCAUUUA